AUGGGUUCUGCAAAUCAGUACCAGCUUCUGGAGGCAAGCCAGCCCCCGCCACUCCUAAUCCCAGGCACCGUUUCCGGUCAAAACGCAAGCCCAAACCCCAGUCCGUUGGUAAUUCUCUCAGUCUCUUGGCCGCUUUCCAGCUCAAUGCGUCUGGUCGUAGAAAGUUUGUUGAUAUCUUGCUCAAUGGCCAUGCAGUUCGUCUACAGCUGGACACUGCCUCAGAUAUCACCAUCAUCUCUGAGAGACUCUGGCAGUCCCUUGGCAGCCCAACGAUGCAGCAGACUUCCCAGUCCGCCACAAGCGCGUGCGGUGGUCUCGUACAGCUAAUUGGGCAGCUGCAAUGCUGUGUGUCGUUCAGCGGUACCAGCAUCACUGCGAUCUGCUACAUCACCAAGUCUGAUCUAAACCUACUUGGUCUCGACUGGAUUGAACAACUUGGGUUGGCCGAUAUGCCGCUCCGCAUUGUUUGCAGUCAGGUGCAGAUUCCCGCUGUGCUUGCAGACCAAGCCAAGGACAUUCUCCAACGGUUUGCUCCAGUGUUCCAAGACGGCCUGGGCCGUUGCACAUACACUCAAGCCGUGCUACAUCUGUCUCCUGGAAGUCAACCGGUCUUCCUUCCAAAGCGACCAGUCCCAUAUGCAGCCCUACCACUUGUCGAGGCCGAACUGAAACGUCUAAAGGAACUGGGAGUUCUGGUUCCUGUAUCCUACUCCGCCUGGGCCGCUCCAAUCGUUGUGGUUAAGAAGCCCAAUGGCUCAGUCCGCAUUUGUGCUGACUUCUCCACCGGUCUCAAUGCCGCGCUGACGCCAAACUGCUAUCCAUUACCGGUUCCGGCUAAUCUUUUCACCCUGCUGAAUGAUGGCACUUGCUUUGCCAAGUUGGAUCUCGCUGAUGCGUACCUGCAGAUUGAGGUCGCCCCAGAGUAG